AUGGAUUCAGAAGAUCAGUCAAGUAACGCUGGUAAAGAUGACAAGGGCGAAAAUCCGCCUGAUAUGAACGAAUCGGAAUCCAAUGGAUUCAUCAACUUCAACGAGUAUAAAGCAGGACUUGGCAACCUGGAUAAGGAGAGAAUCAACAAAAUAAUCCAAGAAGCCAGCAAGGGCUCGCCUUAUUAUAUGCAUCAACAAAAUCGUCAGAAAAAAGUUGACUUAAAAGUUGCAAGACUUAAAAAUGUUUUGGAGUUUGCAACUGAGAUUGAGAGAAAAGAAGCUAUGGAAGCAGCUGAUGCGGCGAUUGCUGAUUUGGAAACCAGACGAACCCUCAACCGCAUUAUGGUUCACUUUGAUAUGGAUAUGUUCUUUGCCGCCGUUGAAAUAAAGAAAAAUCCCCAACUUGCUGACAAACCAGUUGCUGUGGGAGGUCUUUCUAUGAUUUCCACUAGUAACUAUGUGGCACGACGAUUUGGAGUCCGAUCAGCAAUGGCUGGCUUCAUAGCAAAGCGAUUGUGUCCACAAUUGAUUCUUAUACGACCCAAUUUUAGAGAUUAUAAACGAGAAAGCAAAAAUGUAAUGGACAUCAUUUCGGAAUAUGACCCCAAUGAUAUGAGUUGCCUCUCGCUUGACGAAGUUCACAUUGAUCUGACAGAUUAUGUUUUUGAAAAGUACUCACGCGAGAGCUCGAUUGAUUUAAGCGAACUGUACAUGUUGACAAAACUGCCUGAUGAAAUAUGGACUUUCGCAUACGAGCAAGUUGAACAAAUCCGAAGUAGAAUUUUUGCGGAAACUAAACUAACUGUGUCUGCAGGCAUAGCAUCAAAUACAGCACUUGCUAAACUUUGCACGGACAUAAAUAAGCCCAAUGGCCAGUUUUUGUUGAAAGGAGAUAAAGAUGAAAUUCUUAAAAUGACAAUGGAUCUACCGAUUCGCAAGUUUUUCGGCAUUGGCCCUGUGACGGGUCAACUUUUGAAUGGCUUGAACAUAUGCAAAGGAAAAGACAUCGUUGAUCGUCGAGAUGAUCUGGUCAUCAUUUUUUCUGAACAAUCAGCCAAGCAUUUUCUUCGAACAGCGCUGGGUAUUGGCUCUUCGUUUAUUUCAAAUGAUAGGCAGCAAAAGUCGUAUAGCUCUGAAAGAACGGUCGGCGAUCUGAACAACUUUGCUGAUAUGUGCUCAUUGCUAAAGAAGACUAGUCAACAUGUGGCAAAUGAUCUGAAAUCCAACGAGCAAGUUUGCAAAACAGUCACAGUUAAACUGAAAAAUGUCAAAUUUGAAACUAAUAUUAAGUCAAAAACGCUCAACACUUAUGUUGAUGAUGAAGAGACCAUUUUGAAAACUGCUACAGAUUUGCUGUCACAGGAAAUGGCCAAAUCACCUUCUACACGCUACCGACUCUUGGGCGUCAAAGUAUCAAACUUAAAAGACAAGAAAGACGCUGAUAAACCUACAUCCAAGCAGCUCACAGUAACUCAGUUUUUCCAUACUCGUUCCGAAAAUUCCGAAACUUCUGAACAAAUAAGUGAUAAUGAUUCGAGCGUUCAUUCAGAAGUUAGCAGCAAUUACAAGUGCAGAUUUUGUAACAGGGCAUUCGAGCAUUGUGAUGACUUUGAAAUGCAUCGUAUGCAAUGUGAAGAAUGCAACACUGAUCUGUCAGAAGACUUCCUAACUGAAUUGGAUCAAAACGAAUGGAGCAAUAGUGCUCCUGGAUCAGAACUAAAUUUGUCUGAAAGUGAGCAUAACUCUAUUGAUCAAACCGAGGCCAAUACAUCUUCAUCUUCAAUUUCUUCGUUUUCAAAUCUACGAGUCGAGUGCCCCGUGUGCCAAUUGAGCUUUAUAUGUAAAAAUAACUUUUUGUUUAAUGAACAUCUCGACAAUUGCCUAAACAAAAGUUGUCUUCGUGAGCUAUCGGAAAACCCAGUUACUCCAGUUAAGCAAAGCCCCCCUCCGAAAACGGUUGCAAAAUCGAAAACGGUCUCAAAACCAAAAACGGGCUCACAACCGAAGCGAAAAAUGACUCCUUCUAAUAAGAAAUCUAAGAAGCAGAAAUCAAAUGUCGAAGACACAUCUCAGCUUAAGAUUGAUCAGUUUUUCAGUAAGAAGUAA